GAUUCACCAAUGAACUUGAGGAACCCACAUGAUUUGGUAAUACUGAUGAGACAAGAAACCACCGUUAACUACCUCAAAGAACUCGAGAAACAGUUAGUUGCUCAAAAGAUUCAUAUAGAGGAAAAUGAGGAUCGAGACACAGGGCUGGAACAAAGGCAUAAUAAAGAGGAUCCGGACUGCAUUAAAGCAAAGGUGCCCUUGGGGGACCUAGAUCUAUACGAUGGCACGUACAUCACCUUAGAGAGCAAAGAUAUCCGCCCUGAAGACUACAUAGACACAAAGUCGCCAGUGCCUCCAGACCUGCAGCAGCCAGACUGUACAAAAGUUUUAGAUCUUCCAUACAGUAUUCAUGCUUUUCAGCACUUACGGGGCGUCCAAGAAAGAGUUAAUCUUUCCGCGCCCUUGUUACCUAAAGAAGAUCCAAUCUUCACAUACUUAUCACGGAGGCUGGGAAGAAGUAUAGAGGAAAUAGGUCAUCGUAUUUACGACGGGCUAAUGAAGAACUCUUCUUCCUGGGUACUCUACAACAUGGCUUCUUUUUACUGGCGAAUAAAGAACGAGCCCUACCAAGUGGUCGAAUGUGCCAUGCGUGCCCUGCAUUUUUCUUCAAGGCAAAAUAAAGAUAUUGCACUGGUAAAUUUGGCAAAUAUUCUUCACCGGGCUCACUUCUCUGCAGAUGCAGCUAUUGUGGUCCAUGCAGCUCUGGAUUACAGUGACUUCUUUACCAGCUAUUACACUCUGGGAAAUAUAUACGCAAUGCUUGGAGAGUACAACCACUCGGUCCUGUGUUAUGAUCAUGCUCUGCAGGCCAAGCCAGGGUUUGAACAAGCUGUAAAAAGGAAGCACGCUGUCCUGUGCCAGCAAAAACUUGAGCAAAAACUGGAAGCCCAGCAUAGGUCGCUGCAGCGAACGUUAAACGAAUUGAAGGAAUACCAGAAGCAACAUGACCACUACCUUAGGCAGCAAGAUGUUUUAGACAAGUACAAGCUCAUCCAGGAGGAGCAAAUCUUGAGGAACAUCAUUCACGAGACACAGAUGGCAAAAGAAGCUCAAUUAGGGAACCAUCAGAUUUGCAGACUGGGCAACCAGCAGCACAGCUUGCACUGCCAGUGGGACCAACCUGUUCGUUAUCACCGCGGAGACAUUUUUGAAAACGUGGAAUAUGUUCAGUUCGGUGAAGACUCUUCAACGUCUGGUAUGACAUCGGUGAACUUGGACCUUCACGCAAACCAAAGCGACCAGAGCCACUCCUUGCAGUCUUCCCCCGUUGCUCGUUCGAUUGUUUCAGUGUGGAAUGUAGAAUCCAACCGAGACAAACAGCAUAUUCUUUGGCCUCAGCGAUCAGAGUGCAUGAAAUCUUUCCCCAAGAUUCCUGAUCCAGAGGAACUGCCAACUUAUUUCCUGCCUCCGGAAAACAGAGGAUUCCGGUAA